GUCUUCUUGCGGAAAUCAAAAUCGUCAUCUUCUUCUUCGCGGAGUUUCAGCCACGGAGUAACUCUUGGGAAGAGUGUCCGUACAGAUGCUCCUCUCUGCGAUCUCUUCUCAGACCCAUCUCUCGUCGAACCCUAAUUUAGUGUUCUGCCAUUUCAAUCCAAACCCCAGGUCUUCAAACCCAUCUCUUAAGCUCCUCAAUGCCUCGUCUUCGCCCUCGCCGUCUUCGGCUUCUAUCUCCACCGUCUCCACAGGCGGACUCCGUUACGUGACCCAUACUCUCUCCGGUGGAGACUCAGAGCCCGGCGGCGGGGGUGGCGGAGGUGGAGGAGAGACCAUGGUGACAUCCGCCGCGGCGGUCGCCUCCGCGAUUCGUGGAGCUUCGAAGACUCCCGUGGAGUUCGUUCAGAUGAUUGAGAAGGACCACCAUAAGACGAAACUUGUCAUGCCCAGUCCCGAUUUCCAGCGUCUCUGCUUGGAACAGUUGGAUCUCUUCCGCAGAAUCGUCGACCCAAAUGUCGUUCUCUCGGUUUAUGUGAGACCUGCAGGUGGGUACGUCAUGGAUCGGUUAGAGCUGCGUCGUGUCACGUGUUAUCCCGGCAUGAAUGCCGGUGAUGUCGUGGUCUUGGUCGGAAACUUCGGCAUCCCGGCCGGUCUGCGAGCCGCCGAAGCCGCUCUUUCCAGCCAACAAGUAGAAGUCGUGAACAAGCACAGAGCUGUAGUUUUUCCAAUGGUGAAACACCCUUUUGUUGUCGGAUUCUUGGUUGCCGAGUUACCAGAAGGGGAAGAGGAAGGGAACAAUGGUUUAAAGCGUUUUCCUUCUCCUGAGGAAGCUUAUGCUUUGCCUCCUAGCUCGGAUUCCGAAUCACCUGAAUUUCAGUUUCAGUCUGAGAAGAGAUCAUAUGCCAUUAACAUCUCUCGAACUCUGGCCAUGGCUUAUGUGAUGGAUCAGAAAUCCAUUCUACUCCAGCAGUCGUCCUGGCAAAACAAUGUCAGGAUGAGUAAGCUAGUAGAACAGAUCCGACGCCCGCUUUCCACCAUUCGGACUUUGAGUAAACUGCUUUCGAUUCACACGGAGAGAAGUGAGAUUGCGCAUGAUAUCGUCGAAGACAUAAUAGCUCAAGGAGAUCAAAUAAAAGACACACUUCAAGAACUCCAAGACGCAGUUUACUUGACAAAGACCAAUAUCGUCCGCUACAACGACGAAGCAUUGAGGAAGAUGAACAAAGCCCGUGAACCGAAGAGGUCGGAGCUAUCCAAUACCUUCAAAAACGAGGAAAAUCCCGUCGAGAAAUCUGCCCGUCUUUCCCUGGGAUCUGGAUCAGAUGAUUCAGAAAUGCCCAUGCCACCUCUUGCACUGGCCCCCUUACAAGCACACAGGAUAAGACCGUGCGACAUUUCCGACGUGCUUGCGGAUAUGGUCGAGGUUGUCAGACCGCUUGCCCUAAAGCAGCAGAGGGUAAUGGAGCUGAGCGAACACUCAGAUCCGCUGCAAGUAGCCGUGGAGGAACCUGCAUUGAGGCAGGCUCUUAGCAACUUGAUCGAGGGCGCUCUGUUACGGACCCAGGUCGGCGGGAAAGUUCAGAUCGUGUCGACGAGGGCACCAGCCGGUGGUAGCUUGGUUGUCAUUGAUGACGAUGGUCCGGACAUGCAUUACAUGACGCAGAUGCAUUCCCUGACGCCGUUCGGGUCAGAGCUGUCGUCGGAAAACAUGGUGGAAGACAACAUGACGUGGAACUUCGUAGCGGGAUUGACGGUGGCCCGAGAGAUCCUGGAGAGCUAUGGAUGCGUCAUCCGUGUCAUAUCGCCUCGUCGGUCCGACGCCGCCCUCGGGGCCGGCGGCACUCGCGUCGAGCUCUGGCUUCCUCCCUCCACAUCAUUCUCUCAGGCAAGUGAAGCAUGAGAAGAGAAAAAAAACUUUUUUUUAUGAUUUGGUUAUGUCUUUUAAAGUACGAGGUUUGAGUUUGGUAAUAUUUUUAUGUUCCUGGCUCAGUGUCUGUAUGUUGUGUGAUAUAGAACGUGAAAGUUUAUGCCUUUGUAUAUAACUGAGCAAACUUAGACUGUAAUGUAAAUAUUAGAGCCUGUAAUAGAAAAUCACUUGUAAAAUUAUUGUUAAAAUUAUA